GCAGUUCGUGGGAGGUUUUUGGAGUUAGGCAAGGGCGAAUGUCGAAUUUUCUUACUGUGGGACGGAGGUGCGCGUGUCAGGAGACCGCGGGAAAAUGAAUAAUGACGAAGUGGCCAGGAAGUGAAAAAUGAUCGAAGCAAAAUGAGGAGGACCUAUAAUACUGCAGCAGACGUCCGAACGUCUGAUUGUCUCGAACAAACGAGACGUUUGCACAAGGGUAUAACAGAUAUUGCCAAACGAUUAGAUGAACAAAAGAGCCGUGCAAUAACAAUAACAGAUUUGUUUACCCCGUCAGGGGAAACACUGCGUGUGAAGCUUAAAGAUUAUUGCAUAAGGUUAAUAAUUAAAGAUCCUAUUGGAUAUGCACGUAAAACUGAGGAGUUGUUAUGGAGGAAAGCGUUUUAUGAUAAUGUUUAUGCUGCUAAAAAAUUGCGAAAGGGUAAUACAUGGACAGAAACAGAAAAAGCAGUGUUAUCUGUUCAUUUGGCUGUAGGGGUAGGUUUUUAUCAUCACCUGAUACUGAAAUUGCAAUUAGAAUAUGGUUUAGAUUUGGUUGGUGCUAUUGAUUUUGUUCAUACACAAAAUGACACUGAAUUGUUAAGCGUGAAGAAUAAGCCAAGUCAAUCUAAAGUUUAUACAGAAGAAACAAAACUGUGUGUUGUGCGAUUUAUACAUAGAAGCUUGGUAUGCCUUGGGGAUUUAGCUAGAUAUAAACUAGAAUUAGAUCCAUUUUGGGAUCCGAUGAUAGCAAAAAGAUAUUACAAAAUGGCUAUAGCGAUUGAUCCGAAUAUUGGAUUACCCCACAAUCAAUUGGGCACUGUAGUGGGCAAUAAAAAUUAUGGUCUCGAUGCAGUGUAUCACUACAUGAGAUGUGUCCUCUGUACUGAACCAUUUGAAGGAGCGGAAGGAAAUUUAAAGAGAGCAAUUGUCACUCAUUCUAUUUGCAUAGAUGAAAAGUGUUCCAUCCGCAUGUGCAUAUCAAGAUUGUUUUCCUUAUUACAAUUAUGGGAUUAUGAUGUACCAAAUUCUGAUAGAAUAAAUCAGGAAUGUCAGGAUCUCUUGAACAGCAUUGAAACUUGUCUGAGUGUAGAACAACCCGAACUAAGUGAUGCAAAUUACAAUGAAAGAGAAAGCAGUAUCGAAGUGUAUCUUCAAAACUGCAAAAACGGAGAAGUAAAUUAUCUAACGGACGAUAUGAUAUUCAAGAUUGUUGCUAUAUGUCUGAUGUCUAUUUCACAAUUAAAAAACAAAGAAUCGAGUGAAGUACAAGGUGUCGUCGCUAUAACUUUGGCGAUAUUAUCUCAAUUAAUACAAUUUGCAAUAACAAGAUUGCAAGAGUCUUUUAUAGACGAAUGCAGUAAUAAACCUAUGGAAGAGAAGAACGUCGUAAUAAAACAAUUAAAAUCAGAUUCAAGUGAAGUUGAUAAAUCUACGGAUAAAAACAAUGACAAAGUAUCCUCCGAAAAAGGAAAUGCGGAAAAUAAUGGGGAUGUUCAUAAUGGUACGCGGAAAAUUCGAGACAAAACUAAAAGUUUGCUUACGAAACUUCGUCGACGAAAACGAAGGAAUAGCAGUGAUUCAGACGCUACUGACGUCGAAUCUUCCAGCGAUGAUGUAAAUUCGGACGUUUCUGAGACAGAGGACGAUGUAUUAAGCGAAGGUAAUGUUUUAUCGGAUGAUGCAUUAUCGGAAGACGUUACAGAUGACGAAGGCACAGGUACUCGAAUAAAGAAAGAAGUUACAACUGAUACAGAAAUCAAGAAAACCAAUGGACACGUGAAAACAGAAAUAAAAGUCGAAACAAUCGAUGAAAUUAAUCAAGAACAAAACGGUGAACAGGUGUUCGUCGAUGAAGUGGACAAAAAACUCGACGAUAAAGAUUCUAUGACUAAUCCUGGAAGCGCAGUAACAACGAAUUUUAACAGUACGUUCGAAGAAAGUAAUGACUCAUCGGGCAGAGUAACGUACAUUGCUCAAUUGAAAAAACAAGAUUUAAAACCAGACGAGGUACUGAAUAUCAUGGUUGGGAAAGAAAUACUGGCGUCUAUUAAAAUAUGUUGCGACUGGUUAAGGAGUAACCCGGAUAUUAUAAGAAUAUGUAGCAAAAGUUCACGGAUUUUAUUGAAACGCGUUACAAUUUUGUUGAAUCUAAUUAACAUCGAUACGGAGACGUUAUUGAAAAGCUGUAAGAACGAUAGCAUAAUUUUAUCAAGCGUAGAUAAAUUGAAGGAGUGCGUUAAAAUCAUUCCGCUGCCGGAAGAUAUUGACUUGAGGGGCUUGAAUCUAUUGGUGGAUGCCCAAAGGUCACUCGACUGGAAGAUACUAUAUAAACAUAAAAUGAAUAAACGGGAGGAAACUUUGCUAAGAGCAUUGAAAUUGAUCGAAUUUGGGCACUUCCUUAAUUCCGUUGAAGACGCUGGAGUGAAAUAUGAACAAACGAAACAAAUGUUUGUAACGAUCGAUGCGAACACCGCUAACGUAACGAAGAGUAAUGGUAAGGAUUUGGAAAUGGAUCAUUCGCGGGGAAAGUUGAUGAGGCACAUGGGCAAGUUAUGGUUGAAGGCAGAAGUUUGCGCUUUAGAGACUCGUUUAAGAUCUAGGCUUAUGUCUCCCUACUUAGUGCCAGACCAUGAAGCUUUAGCAAAGCAUACACCAGCUCUUAAACGUUUAGUUUAUGCUAAGAAAUUCAUUGUUGUAAUUCCCAGCGUUGUCGUUUCUGCUUUGGACGAAGUGAAACGUAUAAGUGGCCGAGCAAGAGAAGCGACACGCUGGCUUGAAGGUCAAUUAAAACGAGGUUCACGAUUCCUACGAGCGCAAAGACCUCACGAGCGGUUAGCGUUACCAUAUAUAAAAGGACCAAGACCGAAAGAUAAAGAAGCAUGGUUAUUUUUCCAAAUUAUAGAAUGUUGCCACUACCUUACUCAACAGACAAAAGUUGGUAUAACGAAUGAUGCAGAGACACCAGUUGUCACAUUAUUAACUGGUUGCAGUCCAGAUGAAAGGAGAGUCCUUACUUUUAGUCCUGAUGGAUUGGCAAAGAGUGCAGGCGUCAAUAUUGAAUAUAUAGAGUCAUUUCAUACAAAAUGGAAGGCAUCGAGUAAAAGUCAUGGUUGAGCAUAGUGAGCUAAUGGAGAUGAUCAUCCGCUGCUUCCUCAUACUGAAGUGAAAGUGAAAGACUUGACCCUUCUUGAGAGCUGCAAAUACGGUCAGCUGAGCGGGCGAGUCUGAGAGGGCUGGAAACCCAGAAAGGAAAAUCGAUGGUUCUCCUACAACAAAGCCAAAAUGGAAUUUAAUAUCUUUUUCCAUGAAAGAAUUUUAAAUAAUAAACUGGUUUCCUUUUAAUCACUGAUUAUUGGCUUUUAUGUUUAAACAAAGAUUGUAUUUUUCACUAUUUCUCAAUAAAAAUGAACACGUCAU